CCUCCCUCGCACGGUCGUUUCCCUCCCAGCUUCGACUCCUCCGCACCAAAACCAAAAUCCAGCAGCAAGCCAAGCCAACCCAAGCCAGGCCAGGCGUCGCGGAUGGCGUCGUCGGCGUUCAAAUCCACCACCCGCCGCAAUCUCCACGGCUCAGCCGACCGCCCCGUGCAGCCACCGCCCCACUGCCCCCGCCGCUCCCGCAGCGUCACCCCUGCGCCCCGCCGCGAACGUCUCCUCGGGGAUUACGCCGGGACUACCCGCACCAAUCCGCUCUUCGACCGCGGGGGGAGGGCCUUCUCUCCACCUCCGCCGCCGGAGGACUCUGGGGACAGAGGGAGGAAGGAGAGCAGGGGUCGCGGCUCAAGGAAGGCGCGGUCGGUGUCCGUCGCGCCGCCGCAGCGUCGGCGCGCUGCCACCUCGGCGCCGUCGUCGGCAGGCACUGAUGGCGGUGGUGGAGGCAGGGCUUCGCGGGCGCGGUCGGUCGUCGGUGAGGCACGGCCGUGCCGUGGCUCCGUGACAGAUGCAGAAACCGUGGAUUUAUCAAGCAAAAUGCAGUCUUGGAGGAGUAGUAAUUCAGUUCUAAGUUCGUCAUACGUAUCUGUCAAUGCCAUCUCACAAAGGAGCCAUUCAACUGUUCUGGAAAUUCCUCCUGAGUUUGAUCCGGAUUCUGCUGAGUUUGUCUCGGAUAUAAGUGAUUAUGCAACAGGAUUCAAACGGAGAGAUGUUGUGGAAAUUCUUCUUGAGUUUGAUCCAGAUGCUACUCAGCUGGUUUCAGUCGAAAGGCACAAUGCUACCAAGCUGCAAUGGGAGGGAAUAGAAAUCCCUCUUGAGUUUGAUCCAGAUUCUGUUGAGCUGGCUCCUGACAUCACUGAGUACACAUCAAAACUGAAACAGUCACAUGAGCGUGCUCGAAAGCUGCGGGCAGAUUUGGCUGUUGAAGAGCAGCGCGAACAAGAACUGAGUAGAAUGCUAAAGGGCAUAGUGACUGUUCCAAGUUUGUCUGAAACGCAUAAAAGGCGACCAAGGAGAAAGAGUAGUAUAGAGCGAUUGGCUGAAGAGGCAAUCAGUUACUUCGAGGAGUGUGUUUCAAUUUCAACAUUAGAUAGCACUGAUUUCUCCUCACUCGAAGAACCUCAUCCAAAUUCAAGUGGGACUGUCCCACCAAAGAGCAACAGUAGAUUUCUCCUGAAAGGGGGAUCAAGCCCUUUAGAAUCCCACUUUCCAACUGAUCGACACAAUUAUAAUGAGGAAUCUGACAACCAAACCCAGUGCUCAAUGAGCAUCACGGGAUCUGAUGUGUCUGACAGUGUUGUCUUUAGUCAUGCCAAGUCCCCUGGUUUGGGAACUAGAAACAAUUCUAGCGAUGAUUUUGAUGGCUUUGACACACCACGAAGCAAAAGUUCUUGUUUCUCUUUCAAACAUGAGCCAGCGAAAGCUGUCGACAAAUGUGAUGUUCGUCAAUAUCUAAGGAGUUUCAGCAGAGUAAUAAGCAAAGAGAGGUCAAAUUAUUGUGCCGAUGACUAUGCUGUCCAGAAAGUGAGCGAGAACAGACUAACCGACAUGGUGGCCUUUAAGAACCAGAUAGAAUAUGGGGGCCUUGUUCUUUGUAAUAUCAGAACAUUCUGAGAGCAAAUAGUGUCUGAAUGUCUGAUGGUAAAAGAAGUAAUGUAAUUAUAUCCAAUCAAUAUGGAAAAAAAUUUUGUCCAAAAAAGAAGGUUUUAUUGCUUGCGCCUCCGGGGCGAGAUAAUGCAUACUAGUUUUUAUGAGGUAAUAUCAACAGGAGUCAUAGAACUUGCGCUCGUAUCCGCGUGUAUGGCCCCACCUGUCAGUGAGUGUUGAUGCUUGGAUGACACUUUUUUUUUGGCAAAAAAACACCCUUGUAUUUUUUUAUUCACGGAAAAAGCCGACCACAACUACACAUCAUUUUUUACAGAAAAAACAAACCACUGUACUGCAUGAAUCUUACAUUCUUAAGAAGUUGCUCCCCACUUCUACCCAUUCUCUCAACAUGCACACUGUACACAUCAGCUCCAUGCCACAUCAGCGUUCAUUUUUUUAUUUUUUAUUUUUGCCAAGAGUAGCCAUCUCCCGAGCCUUAACUACCUAGAAAAAAUAAAAGAGAAUAAUAUCUUUCCCUGCAACCGACCGAACAAUUAUUACUCGAUCUCUAUUCCUCCCCGUCUCUUCGUUACUCCAAUCUCAUCCCUUCCCCUUCUCUCGGCCCUUCCCUCGAUUUCCUUCGCCGCCGUUCACAGCAGCCCCCGCAGCUAUGGUUGUUCUCAUCUAUGUUCAGAUCCAAAAAUACGCCAAUUUUCUUCCCCGGCUACAGUAGGCCGCGGUGGCUGGGAGCUCCUCUGACAGGAUGGCGGUCCAGCUUGCCUCCACGGCUCUCUGGGAUUCUAUCGGGCCAGGCUCCCCUUGCUGUUGUGGUGCCAUGCAUCUACGAGACGGUGAUCCCUCACCUCCCCUCUGUAUCUCCGUUUUGUACAAGGUAGCUCCGGUGUUGCGAGGGCUAUGAUUCCAACCAGAUUUCGACCAGGCGCUGGUGAGAUUGGACUCCGAAGUAGGCUUUCGUUGUCGUCUAUCUGGUGCAACACCAGACUGUGGUUCAAAUCCGCCGAUGAGAGGCACCUCCACGAGACUACUCUCGCGUCUCUACCGACCGCACCGCCUCGAACGCCCGCUGAUCCGUCCACCUGCGCUGGCGUGCCAGACACUGACCGGAUCCUUCCUAUGGUCAAAUGCUUGCCUUCUCAUCUUCUCCAAUAACUGAGACCAAUGGAGAUAUCUGAAACUGUCGGUACACACUCAAUCGGCACCUGAGGAGACACGCAAUCGACUUUACCUUAUCCUCCUUGAUACACAUCUAGCCAGUAAGUUCCUUAUCUAGCAUCUGCACAGAUUCUCUUAACUCUGCUGAACUUGCAUAUAGCACACACAACCGGUGUCCUAAUCUCCUCCAUGUUAGUACAUGAUAUCUGUCUUGUGUGGCGUCAAGCUAAGCACAAUGGCAUGGAUCUCAUAUGUGGAUAUCUUCUAUUGCUCAUUCCUUAGUGUUUCCAAUGCUGACUUCAUCCUCUUUUUCAGGUUGAGUAUCCCAAUCAUCACAUAUUGAAAGUUACAUUGGACACAUAUAUAGUUCCUGAACAAUUUCUAGUUUUUCUUUGGUGAUGUACUUUUAUCUGUUAGUUUGCAUCUCAAUUAUGGUCUUGGUUUUGUUUUCAAGUUUAUAAUUGCGAAUUUCCAUACAAUUUGCAAUAACUUUUCUUUUACAUAAUAUAUUCACCGUGCCCGAGUCCUCCAUCGACGGAAGACUGCGCAGGAUGGACUGAUCAACGAUGUGGUGGUUGCUACACCAGUCCGGUACCUCCACAAGGAGAAGGAGGAGUUCAGUUGAGUCAAGGCUACGUUUCAAAGCUAAUCAUUUUUUCCAAACAUCUGUGUGGACUAGAUUAAUCAGAGGACGAGUGACACUGCCAUGCGCUACUUGCAGCUGCUGCCUUUUCUCCCUCAAGCAUGGGAAUCGCUGGUGUGCCUACGUGAACCCACACCACAGUUAAAUAAAAAAAUUGGAUGGGGAGAGCAAACUUGGUACACUAAAGGGCAACCUGGUGCAUGUAGCUCCCGCUUGCGCAGGGUCCAGGAAGGGUCCGACCACUAUGUAUUCUUUUUUCCUUCGACGGCUUCAGGUCAUGUGUCGGUCAUUCAUGUUUGGUGGUUUCUGAUUGUACUUCAGAAGAAAAAAAUUAGUGACUGCCAUAUCCUACAUAUGCGUGUACAUAAUACCAAAAGAUGUAACAUACUCAUUUUGUUUUUAGGUAUGCAGGUAUUUUGUAAAUAUUAUAUCUAAAUGUGAUCUAGAUUGUAACAACUUUUGUGAGCA